AGUUGCAAGAUCAAGUGUCUGACCCCUUCAACCUACAGCCGGCGAGCCUCCGAGACUUGAGUGAAUGCAAAAUAACGAUCUCGGGCUAGCACCUCCGAGUAUCGCGAGGUUAUAUAUAUGAGCCCGUCGGGACACCUCUCCUCAGUCCGUUCGAACCUGCCAGAUAGAGCGCACGCCCCGCGGCUCUCGCUGCCGGUAACAACAACAUUCAAGGCAAACGUUUGUUAUGUGAACUUGUGUCUAGUGGAACUCAAAACAGUGAUAUGCCAACCGAUAUUAUGUCAGUCUCGUGUCGUGCCGAGCGCUUCGGCCAAAGUUACACCAAGAAAUCAUGCGACGCGGAGGUCAAAUCCGGCUUCGUGGUCCUUUCAGGGCUCGGGAGGAUACGACAGGACGUCAGAGUGGUGGUGUAUAGGACAUCUUUAGAGCACUUCGCCGUGAUCUAUCCCAGGAAGCGUCUGUCGAAGCCCAUCGGUGUCGUCAACCUGAGGAAUACAUCAGUCGAGCGCGCGGAACAAGAGAUGGGUUUAGUCGUGCGACAAAAGGGUUACGACAAUGCGAUAUCCGCGAAGUUUCUGUGUGCUGAACGAGAUGUGGACUCCUGGAUAACGGCCCUCAGCGCAAGAGUGUCGCCUUCGUGCCAACAGCAGACCAGCCUGCCGGUGCUCGUCGAGGAGGAAGCCUUCGACAACUGAACAUAAGACUAAACUGUGUUGUUGGUAACUUCAUACCGCCGCGGCGGCGGACCGAAUCGCGGCAACUGCAGUUGCAUCACGACAUCGAUUAUCCGGAUUCGGUUUGACGGAUAAUGUUUAGCACGAACGAGAAACGAGGUUAUGUUUGUUUUGCAAGAUCGAAAGUGAAAGCUCGUUUUUUGCGGGCGCAAUGAAAGUGUUCUUAAUCAUCGUGCUCGUGUCGCGUGAGUCACGGGUCGCAUUGUGUCUGAUAAACAAUCUCCGACGUUGUGAACAUGCCUUAUGUGAGAAUUCAGACUCUGGGAAUAUUCGCAACCUAGAAAACACAAGUACUUACGAGAGACUCAAAAUACCAUAACAUGGCAUUCCUUGAAGUGCAAUUUCCACUUAAUUUAUAACCAAAUGAAUUGUUUUUCUAGAGAAUUGUUCAUAUCUGUAAUAUUCUUGUAAAUUGUAGUCCGUUUAUGGGUAAAUUAAGUAAUCGUAUCUGUAAGUAGAACCCAAAAAUAUAGGUAGGUUGAAAAAAGAAUGAUAAGGUAAAUCCUUUGAACUAAUGUUGCUUUUAACAAAUGCCUGUCUUUAUUCUCCUAAUAUCAUUAGGUAAUUGUAGUCGUUAUACAUUGCCAAAGCCCAGAAAAUGUAGUAAUUGUCAUUACCAUUAAGGUAUACGAGUUAGGUACUUAUUCUAAAACAAGGAUCAUAAAUUUAAAUCCUUUUAUACCUACUUCACAUUACAUCAUUUUCAUCUCUGGAAUAUAUUUAUGUAAUGUAAGGAAAUCCCGCUCGCUAACUGGCCCAGUUAUGUAAACCGUAAACCACAACUUAAAAGACUAAUGAAUUUCUAUUUAAAUAUAAUUGUCAAUUAGCAGCUUGAAAACCGCUCCAAAAGACCGCCAUAUUCUUGCAGGGGACCAAUAGACAACAUGAUUACAUUGCAUGAUCCUGCUGUGAUCCUGCCAGUUUCACUUCAUUUUAUCUCAAAUCAUGGCUAGAAUUAGAUACAAGAAGCCUUUGAAGUAUCCCAAGUCCUACUUAGUUGGCAGCAGAGAUGUGAAAAAUACUUUAUAAAAAGUAUUUAAAUACAAAAUGCAAAUACUUCCUUGAUAAUACUAUUUCAAAUGCAAAAUACAACAAAAUAGUUUUUGAAUUUGUAUUUAAAUACAAAAUACGAAAUAGGUAUUUUCAAAAUACUUUUUCAAAAUACAAAUACUUUGCGAUAAAAGGUACUCUGAGUAGUGAAUAGUCUGAAUUCAAAAGUAUUACACGGAAUUUCCGAGUUGAAAAGACUAUCUUUAUUCUAUGAAAUCAAUCCUCUAUCUAAAGUGCAAAUUUCUAGUUGUUUGCUCAUAUUAACCGGUAGGAUGUAGGUAUGGAUGAUGGUUUUUAACGGCCAACUUUUAAAGCAUUAAUUUGUAAUGUUUUACAGCUAAAUUAUAAUGCCUCUCGUUAGUGUGAUGAAAACGUCUCGUUUGUGUUUCACCAGGGCAAAAAGUUUGUUCUCCUCUCGUGCCUUGAAACCCUCGCAACACUCAAGAUUCCACUUCUUUUUUAACCACUUGCUACGCUCGUGGUCAUGUGCGACGUUACUAAACAGCAGAUUCAACAGUUCCAUGUUAAAAGAAUGAGAGAGUUGCCAGGAUUGUAACAUCAGAAGAGAUUGUAACUCCUACCUACAUUACCUACCUACUAUAAAGUAUUUUGUAUUUUGAAAAUAGGUCCCAAAAACUAUUUCAAAUAAAAUACAAAAUAGUUUUCUUCAAAAGGUAUUUAAAUACAAAAUACAAAAUAGGUAUUUUGCAUUUUGUAUUUGCAUUUUAAAUACAAGUAUUUCAAAUAAGUCUUAUCUCUGGUUGGCAGACAACCGUCGUACGAGAAGACUACUACAAUGAACGUCAUAACUUCACUAUUUACUAAACUGGAACAAGUUAAUGUAAGUACUUGGGUCAUACACAGAUUUUUGAGAAGUAACUUUUGAUCAAAUUCGACAAAAAGUUUUUUAUUUGUGUGUGUUUUGUACAUACAAAAACAAAUUUUCACAAGAGUGUCAUUAAUAUCUUUAAAACAAGACCGAUUUCAGAAAACUUUGUGUAUAAACAUUUAUGUUGUUCAAUUAGGCGUGUUGAAACGAAACAUGUAAAAGGUAGUUGGAUGUGCAAAACGAGAGAGAGUAGAUCAAAAUAAAGGAUGACUCAUGUUAGA